AUGAAGUCCUUAAUUUUCUUGACUUGGGUGACAGUCAUUCCUUUGGUUCGCGGAUUCCGAUGUGGAUUUCUGACUCAAACAAGCUCUGCUGCUGCAAGAACUCCGUUUCCAACAUUGUCAAAUCCGUGUUCCUUGGACAAUGUUUGUCUUUUAACAUCACCGUUAUCGCCUUCCAAGGCACGGAUGCAGUCAACAAGGCUCUUUGCGAUACCUCGGGAGGAAGAUGCCAUCGAAAGACUGUUAGAAGGGGUAGAAUUUGAUGGUGAUACCACCCCCGAGAUAAUAAGACUGGCUCCAAAUGCUAAGGACGUUGACGGUGCCAUGUUUGAGGAUAUUGAAACUGGUAAACCGUCAGAAAUGAUGGUGAUGAAAGAGCUCUUGGGCAUCAACGGCUUUACUUAUCUCUUAGGAGCUCUGAUUGCCUUGCUUUUGUCGCUGAAUUUCUUCUUGGGACCAGGUUGGAUGGGCCAGGCGAUGGGUAUACAAGGAGUCGGUACUUUUGAAGAGGUUUCCAAAUCUUUACCUGAUACUGUUGAUCUCAGCCGUCCAGAAUUCCGACUCGAUCUUUAG